UUUCAAGAUCAUUCCUUGCCUCGGCUCUCUGUGUCCUUGAACUGGUCUCUUAUGCUUUUGGGCUUUUCUGGUUGGAGUUGACUUAGGGAUGGCAGAGAGGAGAAUCAGCAACGGAGGAGAUGUUGUUAUCAAUGUUUCAGAGAAAGAAGGAUCUAAAGAUACAGAAGCAUCUCCUUCUUCCAAGGUAGCAGCUUCACCAAAGCCAAACACAGGGACUACAAAACUGGAGCCAUUAAGCAUUCCUGUCCCUGAAAUCUACAAACUCUCUGGUAGUGUUCAUAAGCCACCUAAGAUUCCAAGUCCCAUCACUGAAGGUCUUACUCGAAGGAGAUCUCUUUCAAGGUCAGUUUACUCCAAGUCCAACUCAAGGUUUGGGCAACAACAGUCUUAUCGACACGAUAAGACUACAGUAGAUGGGGAUUGUGGAACCCCAAAGGAACAUUUUGGUGCUGCUUCAUUUUCAAGGGCUUCUUUUAAUAGGGCUUCCCCUAGUAACAGAUCAACUAGGAGUAUUGGAUCAACAGCUUUGAGUAGAGUUGCUGAAGACGAGACUGAUGAGAAUGAAAUAAUCUACAAAAAGGUUAAGCUACACCAAGGGAAGCGUAGUGGAAUCAAGCCUCUGGCUCUGCUUGAGUUGUUAGUGUUUGUGGCUAUUCUGUGCACUUUGAUUGUGAGUUUAAAGAAUGAUACGGUGAAGGAGCAUCGCAUUUGGGGGCUUGAAGUUUGGAAAUGGUGUGUUCUUGUGAUGGUAACGCUUAGUGGUAUGUUCGUUACAAACUGGUUCAUGCAUAUAGUUGUGUUUAUUAUAGAAAGGAACUAUCUCCUACGUAAAAAGGUUUUGUACUUUGUGCAUGGUUUGAAGAAGAACGUUCAAGUCUUCAUAUGGUUCAGUUUGGUUCUUGUUGCGUGGGUAUUUCUAUUCGACGAUGAUGAUAAGCGCUCUCGUAAGACCAAGAAGUUUCUCGACAAGAUAACGUGGACAAUUGUCUCUCUUCUUGUCGGCUCAAUCAUUUUCUUGGUGAAGACAUUUGCAUUGAAAGUUCUUGCUUCAAAGUUCAACGUUAGAAACUUCUUUGAGAGGAUUCAAGAGUCUGUCUUCCACCAAUACGUUCUCCAAACUCUCUCGGGACCUCCGCUUAUAGAAGAGGCAGAGAGAAUCGGGCAUGAGCCAAGCACGGGGCAUCUUAGUUUCACGAGCACCAAUGGAACGGUGAAAGAGAAGAAGGUGCUUGAUAUGGGAAAGGUUCAUAAGAUGAAACGAGAGAAGGUCUCUGCUUGGACAAUGAGAGUGUUGAUGGAAGCCGUGGGAGCGUCAGGUCUCUCGACUAUAUCUAACACUUUAGAUGAAGUCACUCAUCGGAAAGAGAAAACUGAUAAAGAGAUAACUAAUGAGAUGGAGGCUGUGGCUGCUGCUUAUGAUAUCUUUAAAAAUGUUGCUCAGCCAAAUUCUUGUUACAUAGAGGAAGAUGACUUGCUAAGGUUCAUGAUUAAGGAAGAGGUGGACCUUGUACUCCCGUUAAUAGAUGGUGGCGAGACAGGAAAAAUCACACGCAAUGCUUUUACAGAAUGGGUGAUUAAUGUUUACACAAGUCGGAAAGCAUUAGGACAUUCACUCAACGACACAAGAACAGCGGUAAAACAGGUGGACAAACUUUUAACUGGAGUCUUGUCCGUCAUCACCUUCAUUGUUUGGUUGGUACUUCUAGAUAUAGCAACAACCAAGUUUCUGUUAGUCUUCUCCACGCAAUUUGUGGGUCUUGCUUUCAUGAUCGGAAGCACUUGCAAGAACAUCUUUGAAUCCUUUGUGUUUGUCUUCGUGAUGCAUCCUUAUGACGUCGGUGAUCGUUGUGUUAUUGAUGGCGUUGUAUUGCUGGUUGAAGAAAUACAUCUCUUAACGACCGUGUUCCUAAAGAUUGAUAACGAGAAAAUUUUCUAUCCAAAUGCGACUUUGAUAUCAAAACCAAUAAGCAACUUCUAUAGAAGUCCAGAUAUGGGAGAUGCAGUAGAGUUCUCCAUUGCCUUCUCAACCCCGGCUGCGAAAAUCGCCACUCUCAAGGAGAAGAUAGGAGAAUUCUUGGUGCAAAACCCAAACAAUUGGUAUCCAGAACCAUUGUUGAUGGUGAAGGCGAUUGAGAAUGUGAACAAGCUAAAUCUGAAUGUGCUAUUCCAAUACACCAUGAACUUCCAAAACUUCGUGGAGAAGAAUCUCAGGAGAACUGAGAUGGUCAUCAACCUCAAGCGAAUCCUCGAGGAGCUAGAGAUCGAUUACACACUCCUUCCUCAACAAGUUCAUCUCACCGGUCACAAAUUAUCAUAAUUUGUCUUUCCUUUUGCAUUAAUAAUUUCCAUUAGUUAGUACAGUACUUGUCAUUACAACAUGAUAUGCUUCAGUCUAAUUAAAACUCAUAAAACUCGGUUUACGGAUGUCAAAGAAAAAUAAAACUCGUUUUAUGUUUUCGGUAUGGAUUUAAUAAUUUUAGUCCCUUCUUUCGAACGGAAA